UAUCUAACGUCUAAAUGUGUUUGUGCAAAAACCGGGGGUGUUUGAAAAAAAUUGAAAUUGUAUAAAGUGAAGUAUUUUAUGGUUGAAAUGGAUAAAGGUUUAUAUUCAUAUUUUACCAUCUGAGAAACCUAACAACUGUUACACAAGAUAACCAGCUUGGAAAAUUCAUUAUGUCAUCUUCAUGAAACCAGUUAUUGGAUGAAUCAGAAGAUUGAUCUGAUUCCAACAUGCUGGUCUCUACAGGAAUUCACGUAGCUUUUGUUGUGCUGUUGUGUUUUGUUGCCAUAGCUACAUCAUCUUCUAUUGGAAAUGACCCAGUUACAAACUCCAAGACAUUGCAUAGCAAUACCACAACAAGUAGCCAUAGCAACAAGACAGAAGACAAGCACCUGUCACCUGAUGGUGGUAUCCAUGGUGAUGAAGGUCAUGAUGAUGAUGGAGGUCAUCAUGCUAGCAACCGUAUCCAUGUGGCAGAAUUAAACUAUGACCAUGUCAAAGGCCCAAUGAUUGUGGUGCUGGUAAUAAUCUUUGCAGGACUUAGCAAAAUAGGUUUCCACCAUGCUGAUUUUCUGUCAUCCAAGGUUCCGGAAUCCUGUGUUCUCAUUUUAUUGGGCAUCCUGUUUGGAGCUAUCUUGUAUGUAACCGGUGCUGCAGAAAAUGUUGACUUCUUUACUCCGGAUACUUUCUUUAUCUACCUUCUACCACCGAUCAUCCUUGAGGCAGCUUUCAGCCUCCAUGACAGAGCCUUCUCCGACAAUCUUGGCAGUAUUAUCAUGUUUUCUGUUGUUGGGACGAUUAUCGCUUGCUUUGCCAUAGGCCUUUCGCUGUAUGGACUAUCCCUGGCAGGGGCCAUGUCGGACCCCGAGGCUAACCUCGUUCAGAUCCUUGUGUUCACUGCACUCAUUGUGGCCGUCGACCCUGUUGCUGUGCUAGCAAUAUUCCAAGAAGUAGGGGUUAACCAGAUGCUGUACUUCAUGGUGUUUGGGGAGUCGCUACUGAACGAUGGUGUCACAGUGGUGCUCUAUAAUGUGAUGCAGACCUACAACCGGAUGGAUACCAUAGAAGCAGACCAGAUAGUACUGGGCAUAGUGAAGUUCUUUGUUGUUGUGUUUGGAGGCCUGGCUAUUGGCAUUAUACUCGGGAUAUUAUCGGCUUUCAUCACAAAGUAUACUAACUUGGUCAAGGUGGCCGAACCAAUCAUCAUAUUUGCCUUUGCCUAUGAGUCAUACAUUCUUGCGGAAAUGUUCCAUUUCUCUGGUAUUGUAAGUAUUAUAGGAUGUGGGCUAACACAGGUGCAGUAUGCCUUCAAAAACAUCACCAACAAGUCAAAACUGGCUGUCAAGUUCUUCGCCAAGGUCAUCAGUAACACCAGUGAGAUAAUCAUUUUCCUGUUUCUGGGAUUGAAGACAGUAACUACACACCAUGUUUGGAAUACAGGCUUUGUGCUCUGGACCUUAUUGCUGUGUGUUGUGUAUAGAUUUAUAAUAACAUUUGGCAUCUCGUGGUCCAUCAACAGGUGUGACAGACACAGGGUCAGGAAGAUCAAGCUGGAUGAGAUGUUCAUGAUUAGUUAUGGAGGCCUACGUGGUGCUGUUUGUUUCUCCCUGGUGGCACUGCUGAGUGAGAAAGAAUUCCCGAUGAAAAACAUGUUCAUCACAACAACCCUUGUCAUCAUUUUCUUUACAGUGUUCAUACAGGGUGGGACAAUCAAGUGGCUGGUGAAGAAGAUGCGGAUCUCACUCAAUGACAGCACUAAGGAUAUGAUCAUGUAUCAGGAACUCAACCAACAUAUCACGGACCAUCUAAUGGCUGGUAUAGAGGAGGUAGUUGGAACAUCUGGCAAACACUACCUCAGAGAGAAAUUUGACAACCUGGACAACAAAUUUUUCCGCCCGUUGCUGCUACGUGAUGCGAACGAGUGUGAUGUGGAAGAACUCAACAAAUACUAUGAGAAACUCAUGAUGAAAGAACACUACAAGAACUUGAGGAUCUGUGGAGCCCAGAAUCUGCCCAGGGUUGCUUCUUCUAUUCGUGCUGUAGACAGUUCAGCCUGCCUGAGAGGGAUGGACAAUGGUUUUGAACAGAAACAACUGGAAAAAGAAGAGGAGCGGGUUGACCGUCGUCGGCGACUGAUAUCCCAGCGUUCUCUUGACAAUGCUCGCAGAUCAGACGGUGAAUAUGAUGUGCAGAAGAUGCUGAGAGACGCCCUAGCCACAUCUAGAAAUCAAACUGGAAGGCACUUCCAUGACAAGAAUUAUGUAAAGGAUGAGCAUCGCCAUUUGGUUGGUCAGCUUCGACAGAAAUACAAGAAGAACCAACGUCUUAGUACCAUGUGUCGUCCUAAGCUAGAUCGUGCAUUGUCAUGGAAUGAGAAUCAAGGUGAACUUUUUACCAGACGAACUUCUGAUGUAAAGUUAAACCUUCGUGCUGGGAGGGCUGUCACUGUCGAUUUCUCUCCGGGUGAGUUGGAAAGUUCAGACCAGGAGUCGAAGUCAGCGGAAUUUACUCUUGAUGACACGGUGUUUGAGGCUGAAGAAGACAAUACUGAACAUAAUCCAUUACUUAGCAACAACACAAUGGGUCAUAUGAAACGCGUUCACUUCUCUGAUGUUGAGAAACAGGGAACUGCAGGUGAAAAAGGCCAGGGUAAAGGGACUGUGAAGGGGCAGGAUGUGAGUGUGCAUGUACAAGGAGGGAUGGGGGAACUUCUGGCUGAGGCAAACUUGAUUGACAGUGCUGACUUGGAGAAGGGAAAUGCACACAAUGUAUUGGAAGACAAUCUGGCACUGUCACAGGGAUUCUCUGUGAGUAACGAGGUGCCUUCUAAAGAAUAUCAUCCUGACCCGAGACAGAAUGACAGUGACAAGACUGAUCCAAAGAAAUCCUUAACCAAGCGUGCUGAUAGUCAUCAUGGUGGGCAUGAACUAUUACGACAGGAUGCUUUAAAGGAUGCGGAUAUUCGAGGGGACAUUGAGCUGCAAGAGUUGGGUAAGACAACACUGCAGGAGCCAUCAAGAAAAAUGUCUGUGUAGAACUUCAAAUGAAGUUUUGUCAGUCAAACAUACAUUGUGAAUUUAAAAAAAUGCAAGUUUCAAGGUCCAAACUUUCUUUGUAUUAUGAUACUAUUAGUAUACAAGUGAAUUAUUAUACAGUGAAUGAACUGUUUCAAUCCCAAUGCUACCUGUUUACAUCCAAUAGCAAUAAACUUGUAGGCUUAACAUUUUAUUAAAGGAUCAUUAGAUGUUUUAAAGCAGUCAUUUGUCCUUUAAUUCAUAGAUUUCUCUUACAUUAGAAUGUUGUGCACUGCUUUUCCCUACUGCUUAGACUGAACAACUACUCAAGUAAAGCAAAAACAACUUAAACUGGUAAAUGAAUUGGCAGUAAAUAUACAUUUAAACAGCAUUAAUCUGAACACCGUUUAUCAGAAAUUAUCGAUACUUCAAAUGAAUUUUUGUUUUUGUUUACACAUCAUACUGUAAUGGCACACAGACGUUUGUUUUAGGUGAUAAUGAAGCACAUGUCAAUGAGAGAUUUAUUUUGGGUGGUCUAGUUCGUAUAUAACGGCUGAUUUACACAAUAGAAACUUUAUAUGUCAUGAAAGUUUAACUGGGACCAUGUUAUAUGUCAUGAAAAUGUAACUGGGACCAUGUUAUAUGUCAUGAAAAUGUAACUGGGACCAUGUUAUAUGUCAUGAAAAUGUAACUGGGACCAUGUUAUAUGUCAUGAAAAUGUAACUGGGACCAUGUUAUAUGUCAUGAAAGUGUAACUGGGACCAUGUUAUAUGUCAUGAAAGUGUAACUGGGACCAUGUUAUAUGUCAUGAAAGUGUAACUGGGACCAUGUUAUAUGUCAUGAAAGUGUAACUGCGACCAUGAUAUAUGUCAUGAAAGUGUAACUGCGACCAUGAUAUAUGUCAUGACAGUGUAACUGCGACCAUGAUAUAUGUCUUGGCAGUGUAACUGCGACCAUGAUAUAUGUCAUGACAGUGUAACUGCGACCAUGAUAUAUGUCAUGACAGUGUAACUGCGACCAUGAUAUAUGUCAUGACAGUGUAACUGCGACCAUGAUAUAUGUCAUGACAGUGUAACUGCGACCAUGAUAUAUGUCAUGACAGUGUAACUGCGACCAUGAUAUAUAAUAUGUCAUGACAGUGUAACUGAGACUAGAUAUAUGUCAUGACAGUGUAACUGCGACUAGAUAUAUUUCAUGACAGUGUAACUGCGACCAUGAUAUAUGUCAUGACAGUGUAACUGCGACUAGAUAUAUGUCAUGACAGUGUAACUGGCACCAUGUUCUGUGCCAUGACAGGGUUAAUGGGACCAUUACUUGUUUUGGGUGUUUGUUGAAGGAUAGAAAGUAAAUCGCUAGAUGUUAAGCUCCAAGUAAAGUAUUUAAACAACGUAUGAAAUUAAAUAUGAAUUGAAAAAUGUUGCAAAAAUAUUUUUAUUUAUAAGAAUGCUGUUGAAACAGACAGAACCCAUCGGUUUGACGGUCCUGACCAGUAAAUUUUGACUUGGUCGAAAUAAGUAUUUAAUGGGGUUGGUCCGUCUGACUGACAGUUAUCACAUACAGAUGUAAAAAAUAUAAAGAUUUAAUUUUAUCAAUUAUCAAACACCACUUAAAAGUAAGAAAAACAUUUUUUCAAUGAUAUUGUCAAAUAACCAUUUGUUCACGAAUCUGGUGUCAUCUUUGCUGCUGAAAAGGUCGGAAUGAGUACCUCACAAACUGAAACACCAUGCAGCAUUUGCCUCCCUUUGCUAUACAUUAACAAAUAAUAUAUAUUACCAUGUAUAUAUCUGUUUUUAUGCAGUGUUUUAAAAGGCUAAAACAAAAUAUCUGAGGCUGUGGAAUGACAGAUACUUUUUCUGAACUUUUGCGAUGUCCGUUGCAAUGGAAGUCCAUGUUGGAUACCAUUCAUUAACAUGUCUACAUGUUUAUACUUGACAGUCCCAAAUGACCUUUGCUAUCAAAUGAAAUCUUGUGUUUCUUUCAUUUAGUUUUCUUUGAGUGACUUUAUUAUAGUUCUUUGUUACUGUGAUGUUUUUCUUUUCUUUUACUCUUUAUCAUUAUUGUAUUUACAUGUAGAAGUAUUCUUGCUUAUAGAUGAAAUUGUGAGAUUUUUUCACAAAUAUGCAAAUGUAAAUGCUUUUUAUACGAAUUACAUUCCACUUUUUUCAUUUUCUAUUAAGCAGAGUUUUACUACAUUGUAUAGUGAAGAUGUGUUUAUUUGUAUUUCUGAAGUUGUCUGUGACCAGCACAUACAUGCCAUAUUUCUGAGAGGCUUCCCAGGGUAUUUUGGUCUGAAUUCCAGGGGAUUUUGACAUUACACCAGGGGAUUUUUACACGACGAAAAUUUGCGCAAUAUCUGCAUUUAUAAUAUAAGAAUAAAUACUGAAAUACAUUCAAAUUACAAUAAUUUUUGGACUUAGUCAUGGUCCUUCAUGGAAUUUCACACUCAUAAUAUUAUUGAUGCUUUCCACUGUUAACCUUAAGCAAGUUUUGAAAAAAAAAAAAAAAAAAAAAAAUUAAUUCCAGGGGAUAUGGAUCCCCUGGCGGGGGACCAGGGGAUGGGUAGAAAUUCCGAGGGAUUUUUCCCCCCGCCGGGGGAUAAGGCGUGUAUGCCAGCAGUUCUACCGAUGCUUUUGUUUGGAGUUGAUUCUUAAGCAAAAACGCUUUGGGUCUAUGCUAAGAGUUUGUUUUUUUAAUUAAUAUAUAUGUCAAGAUAGCAAUUCUGCCAAUGCUCUUCAAAACUGAUAUUAAUAUUUUUACAUUCAUUUUAUACUAGUGUUAUAGGCAAAAUUUCACCUCAAUGAAUUGGAUCAAUGCUGGUCAAAAUAUAGCUAUCUAAGAAAAAGGUAUAAAAAAAGCCUGUUUGAAUUAAUGCAUAAAUAUAUUUAUCAAAACAAUUUGUGGUCUUCAUCAUUUCACUAGGAAAGGUUUAAAACAUAUUUGUUGUAUUAGAAUAUAGUGUUUAGUAGCAUCCAUCUGCAAUGUGUUUGAAAUUGUUAAUACUAGUAUAUCACACAAUCAUAAUUAUGUAUUUUUAUUUAUUAUGUAUAUUGUAUAAGACUUGACUUGUUGAGUAUUUGACACAAUUAAAAAAUUGUUAUAUCUGAUAAACAUCUUUUAAUAUGUGUUUUUCAAAUUUGUACAUUGUUUGUGUACUUAAAUACCUUAAUAUAUUUUUAUGCAAAUCCUUUUGAGCAAUAAAUAAAGUAAUG